AUGCGCAAUAUACAUGCGGCUGUGGAGAGACUAAUAUCUCGCAGGUACUGGCCAGAGAAGCAAAUGCGAGCCAUGACCACUUCAUCAGAACAACUGAUUCGGCGCAUAAAGCUGCUGUACAGUUCUUUUGGGUAUGGAUACUCCUUUUCGAAUCUCCCUGGGCCCUUUUACCAACGUUGUUUUAGGAAAACCUUAACCACCGUGGUUAUAUCUAUGAAGGCAAGCAUGAAGGCUGAUGCUGACUCUGCUGUUAAGGCCUCAAUUGAAACAGGAAAAGAGGUAAAAUUUUCCCAGGAAACGAACUACCAUUUCAAACUGUCCGCAUUUCAAGAUCGAUUACUAGAGCAUUACCGUAAGAAUCCAAAAUUCAUUCAGCCAAAGGUGUAUAUGGAUAGUAUAGUACAGAAUGUUGCGUCUGGACUCCAGGAUCUGUCUAUUUCUCGUCCCGUCGACCGGCUCUCAUGGGGGAUCCCCGUCCCUGGAGAUACGACACAAACCAUAUAUGUUUGGUUGGACGCUUUGGUCAACUAUAUCACCUACGCAGGAUACCCUUUCACCCCCGGCCGCGAGCAAGAGUCGAUAUGGCCUGCAGAUGUCCAUGUCGUGGGCAAAGAUAUCACGAGGUUCCAUUGUAUUUACUGGCCAGCUUUCCUGAUGGCACUGGACCUGCCAUUACCCCGGACCAUCUUGACACACGCACAUUGGACGAUGAACCACUCGAAAAUGUCCAAAUCUACCGGUAACGUGGUCAACCCAAUGUUUGCCAUGGCACGAUACGGUGUCGACCCGAUGAGGUUUUACUUGGCUAUGAACGGGGGUCUUGCUAGCGAUACGGAUUACGAUAAUUCGUAUAUCGUACGAGACUAUAAAAACAUCCUGCAAGGCGGGCUAGGCAAUCUUUGUAGUCGGGUGAUGCGAGGCAAAGGAUGGAAUGUAAGAGAGAGCGUUGUUAAGAUGACGAAUGGGCAGGGCAGCAGAAGAGCCAAAGAUCCAUCUGAAAUUGAGCACAUGGAAUUUCUGGAGAAGGUCCCAGGCCUUGUAUCCAACCAGAUGAAUGAAUUGAACCCUCGCCGCGCGCUGGAGGAGAUAGUGAAGAUCAUUGACCAGACAAAUAGAUAUGUCCAAAGCACUGGACCGUGGAACCUCGCAAAGGAGGCGGGCACUGACCCGACGGCACACGACCAGUUGGUUGGAGUAAUCUACAAUGCAACCGAGUCUCUCCGCAUUGCCGGCAUCCUCCUGCAGCCUUUCAUGCCCGAGAAGGCUAAGAAGCUACUCGACAUGCUCGGUGUAGAGGAAAACCUCAGCAAGCGGUCAUAUGCUGCCACAAAGUAUGGGGCUGAUCCUGACUAUGGGACGCCCAGGGUGCCGCUAGGAAAAGGGCAGGCAGGGACGCUAUUCCCACCGCUGUUGAGCGAAGAAUGA